UCAAACACAACCAGAGUGUGUAAGAGCUGGAGACAAAGGCAGGAAGACUUUUUAAACAAGAAAGCGUAAAAAUCCAGGAUUUUCCCCAUCUGGGAUGCAGUAGCAGCCAGCCGAACAAAAUAAACUAUAUUCCGGUUUAAGACCAUUCUCAGCAUCUUCUUUUGGAGAAUGCAAACAAAACUUCUAGAGAGUUAGGAUUGGAGAAUUUCAGAAGCUGGGGACAAAAACCAUCCUAACAAGGCCUUUUUUCCUGAUCUUAAGAUGAUCUGGACUUGAUGGGUGUCCCCAUUCCAGCCUCUGCCUUGUGGCAGAAUGGGGAGCAGUUCUUCAGCCCUCAGAAUUUGCACUGGUCACCAAGGGGGCAUCAACUGGAUCAGCCUGAGUCCCGAUGGGCAGUGGCUGUUAACAGGCAGUGAAGAUGGGACAGCACGGCUCUGGAGCACUGCCAGCAACGAAUGUCAAGCCCACUUUCAAGGUCAUGAAAGCUACAUCACAUUUUGUCACUUAGAAAAUGAAGUUGCUUUCACCUGCAGUGCGGAUCACACUAUCAGAAAAUGGGAUGUGAUGACCGGAAGAUGCCUUGCUAUUUAUCGUGGACACACAUCUAUCGUGAAUAGGAUCCUGGUUUUCAAGGAUUACCUCUUCAGUGGAUCCUAUGACAGGACUGCACGCUGCUGGAGUGUGGAUAAGGAAAAACCGAUCCAGGAGUUUAGGGGCCAUUGCAACUGCGUUCUGGCCCUGGCGCUCUACUCUUCAAAGGAUGUCCUUGAAGAGGAAGAGGCGGAGGAGAAGAUAGAAGAGGUGGAAGAGCUAAGCCAAGACUUCCUGGUGACGGGGAGCACGGACUGCACUGUCAAGGUCUGGUGGGUGUCCACUGGGCGUUGCCACCAGACCCUGCUGGGACACACUGGGGCGGUCCUAUGCCUUAUACUUGACGCUCCAAACAGGGAGCUCUUUUCGGGAAGCACUGAUUAUACCAUUCGGACUUGGAACAUUGUGACAGGGGAACAGCUGAGGGUCUUCAAAGAUCAUCAAGGAUCCAUCAUUUGCCUAGAGCUUGUGAAUCGAUGCUUGUAUUCAGGCAGCACGGACAAAACAGUAAAGUGCUGGCUGGCUGACACUGGAGAGAGGAUACGGACCUAUAAGGCUCAUAAACACAGUGUCAGUGCUUUGAAAUAUCACGCUGGAAUAUUGUUUACUGGAAGUGGUGAUGCUUGUGCUCGAGCGUUUAACACAAAGACCGGCAUUCUGCAAAGAGUGUUUCGUGGUCAUAAGUUGGUUAUUAACUGCAUCCAAAUUCACAAUGAAUUAUUGUACACAGCUUCCCACGAUGGCACACUAAGGAUCUGGGACAUCCGGCAGAUUUGUAAACGGAACAAGCGUCGCUUGAAGGAACGUUCUAUCCAGGGUAGACAUUUCCACAAGGGAAGCUUACCUCGCCUUUUCAACAACAAAGUGGGCUGUGUGCUUCAUCAGGAAAAUGGAGGACCACGGGAAACUAUGGAACUUGAGUGAAAACUGGAAGAGAUGAGUAACAUGAGUAGCAAACCAGGAGAACUUAUGAUCUUCUUCCCAGCUACUGGCUAGAGUCUAGACCCAUCUGGAGCUCAAUCUUACCACACCUCAUUUUGCUUUGUGCCUGGCUGGCACUGCCCAGCACCUACCUGGGGGUUGUGUUUCACAUGAAGAAACAGACUGGAGUAUGACAGACUAAAAUAUGACAGACUAGAGUAUGACCCCCUCCACCUCAGAUAUGGGACAAAUUUCUAUCUUGAUGCCAAUGGAAAACAAAGCUUGCUGACAUUCUUGAAUCCAAUACAUCCCCAAUGUUAUGAAGGAGGCCUAUAUUGCUAGUUGGUUGAGCUGUGGUGCCCCUUCUUGAUUGGUGGAUCAUAGAAUGAUGCCCAUUGUUCACAUUGAAUGGUCCAGGGCUUGGGAACUGAAUUCCAAACAACCAAUGCUAUUGGAAGAGGCAGAGAAAGAGAUUUUUAAGGAACAGGUAUAUAAAAUUUAUUAAAUUGGAUGGGGGAAACAUUUAAAGAUACAUCCAGAAACACAUAAGAAAAGAAUAGAUGCUUUACAUGGGAGUUGAUAUCUGUGCCGUUUUUACAGAUAGUUGAGGCCAAGUUUGAAUUCAGUUGAGCAUGUUUUAUAGUUGAAAAAAUUAUCUUCCUCUCUCAUUUCAAAACAGCUCUGGUGCAUCCCAAACUUGACUGAUUAGUAGUCAGUAUAAAUCUAUUUUGGAUUGACAGGGCCUUCUGUCAGCGCUCUACACCAGUGUUUCUCAACCUUAGCAAUGUUAAGAUGUCUGGACUUCAACUCCCAGAAUUCUCCAGCCAGCUGGAGUUGGUUGGGGAAUUCUGGGAGUUGAAGUCCAUAUAUCUUAACAUUGCCAAGGGUUGAGAAACAGUGCUCUCUGUCCAGUUUUCACCAAUAAUUUAAAAACAUCAUAACCAUGUACCAUACUUUCCCCAACAUACUUUUUUCCACAUUGCUUCCCCAAGUAUGUAUAUUAUUAUUGCACAUUUUUUAAAGAUAUAAUUCUCUGCUGGGAAUUCCACAGAAGGCUGGAGGAAGCUUUAAACAAUUGUGCAGGACAACACUAGUGUGAUUGCUGCUUAAAUUUAUAUUUUCGUUGCCCUGGAAUUGCUUGGUACCACUUUCAAACGCUAGUCAUGAAAAGUGCAUAAAUUUCUGAACAUGAUUGGCCAGACAAAACUACAUUUGAUAAAGAAAUAAACCGGCUCUUAUUGUAAAUAAUAAUCUUUCUCAGGAGAAACUGCUCAACAAAAACAGCUUUCAAGCUGGCAACUUGCAGGCUAGAGUUAAAUGUUCAACCUAUGGCCACAAAUGAGAUCAGAAAUUCCAUUGCUAAGCAAGAGAAUUGUUGCAACCAAUUUCACAACCUUUUUGGCCAUGGUUGUUAAGCAAAUCACUGCAGUUGUUAAAUGAGCGGUGUAAGUUAUUAAGUGAAUUGGGCUUUCUGCUCCCCGAUUUUGCUUGUCAGAAACUGGCUGAGAAGAUAAAAAAUGGAUAGCACAAGACCCAGGACACUGCCCAGAUUCUGAUCAUACUGUAAACUUUGGGGAUGCGGCGACAAUGCUGAGGACUGAUCUUAAGUUCCUUUUUUCAGUGCUAUUGUAAGUCACUGAAUGGUUGUAAGUUGAGAAUUUCCUGUAAUCUUCUCUCCCUUUGAAUUGGCUUGAAUACCCAAGAUGACUUUAAAGCAUUCUGUGGGAUUAUAUAUAUAUACACACACACACACACAAAAAUACCGUUUUGAUACUUAAAGCACCAAGAAAGAAUCAGUUUCCACUGUAAAAAACCCUACAAACCAUUCUUUUUCUUUAGAAACAAGACUGAAUUUACAGUUCAAUUUGGGAACGUAUGUCAGUAUUGUUCCAAAUGUGAAAUAAGAUCUUGAGAUGUUUCUAAAAAGCAAAUCCACUCAUUUCCUCUGUCAACUGCUUAGCUCAGGUACACCUAUCCAGUAGCAAAGCAGAAUAGUUUGAAGGCAUCAAGGGGCAUCAAAGCAACAGCCCGCUAUGCCAUAUAGAUUAAGGACUUUCGGUAGAUGAUAUUCAUUGACCCUUUCUUGUAGUUUUCAACUUUCAACUUUCUGGAUGCAGAGGAACUUUCAGUUCUGAUGCAACCUCUUAAUCUGAGGGAGAAGAGCUACAGAAGAAUUUCUGGUAAGGGAAUUCUGGGAAUUGAGAUUGUUGGCAAGGCUGAGAAACAUUGAUCUAAAUUCCAUUGGUUAGAUUAGAAGAUGUAAAGGUUGGGUGCAGUUUUUGGGAGAAGGAACAUUUUAACUAAUUGCCAUAGGACUGAAAGCAGAAAUGAGAUGAAUUCUUUCAGUAGUGAAGUUGUCAUAGGUUGGAUCACCCAAGGAGACUGUUCCUUGAGAUAUAAAUCCUUGCAGAUGUGUUCCAGAAUUCAAAAUGAAUGAAUAAUGACUCUCUCUUGGUUUUGAAGUAGAGAAUGGAAGUUGAGCAACAUCUCUGAAGAACACAGUUCAUUCUUCAAAAGAGAGAGAAGAAUUUUGGAAGACUUCAAAUGUCCUGGUUGAUUGAGUUUUUCUUUGUGGGAAUGAAACUCAUCCUAGUUUUUCUCUCUUCCUAGUAUUUGUUUAGAUAACCACUGAGCCAUAAACAUAUAAUAGUCAUUGUGGAUUUUCUUUUAGCUGAAACAAACACUUUUAAUCAUUUGUGUACUUUGGGGGUGGGGUCCUUGUUACAUACUG